AAACUGAAGCCAUUCCAAUACCAUGUCUCACCUUGCAAGACACAAACACAUUCAGACACACAAACAAUGAUGCUCGGAGAAUCAGAACCUCUUCAUCGUCCAAAUCCGACCGUCCAAAUCCCCCUGUACGAUGAUCCAACGGCCGAGAUUCACUCCCCAUUUUCAGUCACUCCAAAUGACCAUCACUCACCUCACUGCACGUUAACGGCGUUACACCGUUACUUGCCGUCAGUUGAGGACAUAGAUAUUCCCCUGGACGCGUUCACAUGCGAUCAUUUCCGCAUGUACGAGUUUAAAGUCAGGCGCUGCGCACGUGCCAGGUCACAUGACUGGACGGAGUGUCCGUACGCUCAUCCGGGAGAGAAGGCUCGCCGGAGGGAUCCCCGGAAGUUCCAUUAUUCCGGCAAUGCGUGCCCGGAUUUCAGGAAAGGCGCGUGUGUUAGGGGCGACGCGUGUGAGCACGCGCAUGGGGUUUUCGAGUGUUGGCUACACCCGGCUCGGUAUCGGACUCAGCCGUGUAAAGAUGGGACUAUGUGUAGGAGGAAAGUGUGUUUUUUCGCACACACGGCGAGUCAGCUCCGAGUCCUCCCGCCGAGUUCGCCGAGUCAACUCGGGAUUGACUCGCUGUCGCCGGGUCGGUGUGGGUUUGACUCGUUCUUUACUGGGUCCGAGUUGACACCGAGUUUACCGAGUCGACUCGGUUGUGACUCGUUCGUACGGAAGGCUUCGUUCGGGUCUUCUCCGACUUCGAUUCUGUAUUCGCCGAGUGAGUCUCCGCCCGAGUCGCCUUGCGGGUUGUUGGGGUUUGACUCGGUGAGUGAACUCAGUGAGUCAAUGAGGGGCAUGCAGAUUGGGCAUGGGAGCAUGAGCAUGAGUGUGAGUCCUCCAUGGGGUUUUCAAAUGGGUUCUUCAUACGGGUCGCCCCGCCAGUGCUCAAUGAUCCGACCCGGGUUCAUGAGCCUCCCGGGGACUCCAACUCGGAAGAUGACUCGGUCUGGACUCGGUGGUUUUGAUCUGUGGGACCAGUCCUGUGAAGAGGAGCCAGCAAUGGAGCGAGUUGAGUCAGGGAAGGACCUCCGUGCUAAAAUGUAUGCCAAGUUGAGCAAGGAGAACUCGCUGGUCCGAGUUGACUCGGAUAACUCGGGCUCGGAGCUUUUCAAGUAGAGUUGUAUCUAUAAAAAAUGUUCGGGUAAACGGGUUGACCCGGCGGGCUAACAUUUUCGUUUUAUUUUCCCACUAUUUAUAUGGCUAAAUUUUGUAAAUGAAGGGCCAGGGUUUUUUAAUUUUAAUGGUUUGUGUAGAUGAAGAUGGAGAGAUGAAAUUAAUCUCUAUUUUGUGGUAUUCUUAUUAGUAUUAUUAUUAUUGUGACUUUCAGAAUCAAAGAUUUUGUGUGUAUAUGAACCUUUCUAUGAAAAUGAUAAUUUGGUGUAAUGGCA